GCGUUGCUUAAAUAAAAAAUGGCGGACCACAGAUUUAGCAGAGGUUUCAAAUCGCCAGUGUUGUGGCUUUUUUCUGUGCAAUCUUUAAUCAAAAUGUGUUUGUCUAUUCUCGCGUUGAGCGCUGUAGUCGUCGAAUGUCAAAUUGAAGAUACAUUCCGAGCAGGAAAUAGCGUUUUUUCACCGGCUGUUGCAGCAGCACGGGAUCUACGGUACCUGCUUUACGACAUCAACCCCCCAGAGGGUUUCAACCUUCGUCGGGACGUGUACAUUCGCAUGGCAUCCCUGGUGAAGACCCUGAGGAGACACAGUGACUGGGUGCUGGUGCUGCCCCCCUGGGGACGUCUUUACCACUGGCAGAGCCCAGACAUCCACCAGAUCAGGAUCCCCUGGGGAGAGUUCUUCAGCCUCACCAGCUUGCAGGGCAACGUGCCUGUCAUAGAGUACGAAGAGUUUAUAGCUGAGUCUGGAGGCCCAUUUAUUGAACAGGUCCUGGUGCUACAGAACUACGCUGAAGGGUGGACUGACGGGAAAUGGGAGGAGAAAGUGGACCAGCGACCCUGCGUUGAACGGUUAUUGUACUCCAAAGACAAACAGGGUUAUUACAGAGGAUGGUUUUGGGGCUAUGAGGAAACCAGGGGUGUGAACGUCACUUGUCUGUCAGCUCAGGGCCACGCCUCCAUCCUGGCACCACUCCUGCAGAACAACAUCACAUCAACUUCUGUGAUGUUGGACAAAGCAGAGACUGUCCUCCAUGAUCACUACGCAGGAAAGGACUACUGGGAUACUCGCCGCAGUAUGGUCUUUUCCAAACACCUGCGUCUCCUUGGGGACGAGUUCCGUGCAAAGUACCUGAACUCCACAGAUGAGCAGGACCAGACCGUAUACAAUGAGGACUGGACUCGCAUUAAGAAUAAGCUGGGUUCUGCCAGAGGGGGGCCGUACCUGGGUGUCCACCUGAGAAGGAAGGAUUUUAUCUGGGGUCACAGAGAGGAUGUGCCCAGCCUCAAAGGAGCUGUCAAGAAGAUCAGGGACCUCAUGAAGAAAAACAAACUAGACAGAGUCUUUGUUGCCACUGACGCAGAUGAGGAAGAGCUGGAGGAGCUGAAGAAAAUAUUACCAGAGAUUACACGCUUUGAACCCACCUGGGAGGACCUGGAACUACUCAAGGACGGGGGCGUGGCUAUCGUUGACCAAUGGAUCUGCGCACAUGCCAGGUAUUUUAUCGGAACAUCUGUGUCAACCUUCUCUUUCCGGAUCCACGAGGAGAGAGAGAUUCUGGGAUUCGACCCCAAAACUACCUACAACCGCUUCUGUGGGGACAGCGAGAAGGAGUGUGAACAGCCCACACACUGGAAAAUAGUUUACUAAUGCAAUGAUGUGACACCCCUCUCAACAGCUCUCAAAGAACAUGCCAAUUGCAGUGUUAAAGUGGAGCUUUGUUUUUAUAUAUACAUUUAAAGUCGGACGUUUACAUACACUUAGGUUGGAGUCAUUAAAACUCGUUUUUUAACCACUCCGCAAAUGUCUUGUUAACAAACUGUAGUUUUGGCAAGUCGGUUAGGACAUCUACUUUGUGCAUGACACAACACAUUUUUCCAACAAUUGUUUACAAACAGAUUAUUUCACUGAAUCACAAUUCCAGUGGGUCAGAAGUUUACAUACACUAAAUCGACUGUGCCUUUAAACAGCUUGGAAAAUUACAGAAAGUGAUGUCAUGGCAGUAGAAGCUUCUGAUAGACUAAUUGACAUUAUUUGAGACAAUCGGAGGUGUACCUGUGGAUGUACUUCAGGCCCUACCUUCAAACUCAGUGCCUCUGCUUGACAUUGUGGGAAAAUCAAAAUAAAUAAGCCAAGACUUCAGAAAAACAUUAUAGACCUCCACAAGUCUGGUUCAUCCUUGGGAGCAAUUUCCAAAUUACAGAAGUACCACGUUCAUCUGUACAAACAAUUGUACGGAAGUAUAAACACCAUGGGACCACGCAGCCGUCAUACCACUCAGGAAGAAAACGCAUUCUGUCUCCUAGAGUUGAACGUACUUUGGUGCAAAUAUUGCAAAUCAAUCCCAGAACAACAGCAAAGGACCUUGUGAAAAAGCUGGAGGAAACAGGUACAUAUUAUCUAUAUCCACAGUAAAACAAGUCCUAUAUCGAAAUAACCUGAAAGGCCGCUCAGCAAGGAAGAAGCCACUGCUCCGAAACUGCCAUUAAAAAAAGCCAAACUACGGUUUGCAACUGCACAUGGGGACAAAGAUCAUACUUUUUGGAGUCUGACGAAACAAAAAUAGAACUGUUUGGCCAUAAUGACCAUUAUGUUGGCGGAAAAAGGGGGUAGCUUGCAAGCCAAAGAACACCAUCCCAACCGUGAAGCACGGGAGUGGCAGCAUCAUGUUGUGAGGGUGCUUUGCUGCAGGAGGUACUGGUGCACUUCACAAAAUAGGUGGCAUCAUGAGGAGGAAAAUUAUGUGAAUAUAUUGAAGCAACAUUUCAAGACUUCAGUCAGGAAGUUAACGCUUGGUCUCAAAUGGGUCUUCCAAAUGGACAAUGACCCCAAGAAUACUUCCAAAGUUGUGGCAAAAUGGCUUAAGGACAACAAAGUCAAGGUAGUGUCCAUCACAAAGCCCUGACCUCAAUCAUAUAGAACAUUUGCUGACAACUGAAAAAGCAUGUGUGAGCAAGGAUGCCUACAAACCUGACUCAGUUACACCAGCUCUGUCAGGAGGAAUGGGCCAAAAUUCACCCAACUUAUUGUGGGAAGCUUGUGGAAGGCUCCCUGACACAUUUGACCCAAGUUAAACAAUUGAAAGGUAAUGCUACCAAAUACUAAUUGAGUGUAUGUAAACGUCUGAUCCACUGGGAAUGUGAUGAAAGAAAUGAAAGCUGAAGUAAAUCAUUCUAUUAUUCUGACAUUUCACAUUCUUAAAAUAAAGUGGUGAUCCUAACUAACCUAAAACAGGGAAUUUUUACUAUAAUUAAAUAUCAGGAAUUGUGAAAAACUGAGUUUAAAUGUAUUUGUCUAAGGUGUAUGUAAUCUUCCGACUUCAACUGUAUAUAUGUACAAUAUAUGUUCUAAUAGUGUUUUUUGUGUCAUGUUUUUAUUGUUUUGAGAAUUGUGCAACCUGUGAUUAGACAAAAACCUUCAAAUACUUUUUAAAGAACAGAUGUUUUAUAGGUCAGAUGUUUUCAAGGUCACCACUUUAUUUUCACUUGUUUGCACUCAUGUCUGCUAACUUUACAUAUAUAAACCAUUGUUUUAUCUAUCAUAAUGGCAGCACCUAGUAUGAGUGAAAAUGAUAAUCAGAUUUGGCUGAUAGUAAUGGUAUAAUAAUGGUAUACAGUUCCUUUCAGAAAGUAUUCAGACCCCUUGACUUUUUCCACAUUUUGUUACGUUAAAGCCUUAUUCUAAAAUUGAUUAAAUAAAAAAAUCCUCAGCAAUCUACACACAAUACCCCAUAAUAACAAAUCAAAAACAGGUUUAACAUUUUUUUUUGAAUUUAUCAAAUAAAAAGACAGACACCUUAUUUACAUAAGUAUUCAGACCCUUUGCUGUGAGACUCGAAAUUGAGCUCAGGUGCAUCCUGUUUCCAUUGAUCAUCCUUGAGAUGUUUCUACAACUUUAUUGGAGACCACCUGUGGUAAUUUAAAUUGAUUGGACAUGAUUUGGAAAGGCACACACCUGUCUAUAUAAGUCCCACAGUUGACAGUGCAUGUCAAAGCAAAAACCAAGCCAUGAGAGCUCAGAGACAGGAUUGUGUUGAGGCGCCCAUCUGGGGAAGGGUACCAAAACAUUUUUGUAGCACUGAACGUCCCCAAGAACACAGUGGCCUCCAUCAAUCUUAAAUGGAAGAAGUUUGGUCGCCUGGCCAAACUGAGCAAUCGGGGGAGAAGGGCCUUGGUCAGGGAGGUGACCAAGAACCCACUGGUCCCUCUGAUACAGCUCCAGAGUUCUCUGUGGAGAUGGGAGAACCUUUCAGAAGGACAACCAUCUCUGCAGCAUUCCACCAAUCAGGCCUUUUAUAGUAGAGUGGCUAUACGGAAGCCAGUCCUCAGUAAAUGGCACUUGAUGAAUACCUGCUCCAGAGCGCUCAUGACCUCAGACUGGGGCGAAGGUUCACCUUCCAAAAGGACAAUGACCCUAAGCACACAGCCAAGACAAUGCAGGAGUGGUUUUAGGUCAAGUCUCUGAAUGUCCUUGAGUGGCCCAGCUAGAGCCCGGACUUAAACCCGAUUUAACGUCUCUGGAGAGACCUGAAAAUAACUGCAGCAAUGCUCCCCAUCCAACCUGACAGAGCUUGAGAGGAAUUCUAUAAACCUGUUUUUGAUUUGUCAUUAUGGGGUAUUGUAUGUAGUUGAUGAGGUGAACUAACCAUUUAAUCAAUUUUAGAAUCCGGCUGUAAUGUACAAAUAUGUGGAAAAAGUCAAAGGGUCUGAAUACUUUUAGGGGAAUUAUUUGUUGGGGUAACAUGAAUUGAAAGAGCAGUGUCUUCUUUUAUUUACUUCUGCCAAUUCAAAGUCUAUUUGGUUGUGAAUCGUCCUUAUUAUGCUGGACCACAUUUUGGUGAGCUUGAGAAACCUUUGUUCUUUUUGUUUUGUUUUCCUUUGUUUUGUUUUCCUUUGAGUGUAGCCUAUGAUAGAAACGUUGCUGCUUGGUUGACAAUGCAGUUUUCCAACAGAGAGAAGCAGAUAUGUGGCUAAAUAUAAUAUGUUGAUGUGCCAUUUUUGUUCCACUUGACCUGUUAAAAGGUAAGUCCAAAGCCACAUAGUGAACAUGGAUGGACCAGUUUAUUAUGGUGAAACUUCAAACAUUAUCUAUAUUUUAUAUGAUCAGAUAUCAACAUAACUCUGACAAAGAUUACACUUACAGUAACGUUUGUUCUACAGACUACAUGUACUGUAUAAAAAUUGAAUGACAAAUGUUGUGACAUUUUUGUACUUUUCCAAUUGUAUGACUGUCAUUUGGGAAAGGAUUUCAUUUUAAACUAUUUUCAAGACUCUAAAUCAGAGCCCAUACCAUAUUUUCACUGAUUACAUCAUCUUUUUUCUUUCCUUUUUCUUACAACAAAAGGACUGACACAAUGAUAUCACCUGUCAAGAUGUUCUAAGGUGACCGCCAUUAAAGAGGCUAUUUUCAAAGAA